CGAGCUAAAAGAAAAGUAACUCGACCAAAUCCGUGUCGUGUGUUCACACAUGUUCGCUCAGUGAGUGUCGGCUGGUCGACCAGCGCGUUGAGACGCAGCCGGAAGUCGAACAACAGCGACACCGUUACCUCCGCAGCUAGCUGACCGAUGUAGCCUGACGUCGUGCGCCCUGCAGAUGUGCCCGAAGCAGCGUUUUGUCUGUCCACCGGGUCCCCAGAGGAGUAGAUAAAUCACACACCAUGCUGCCUGACAAAGACGGUCCAGGUGCGGGAGGUGGGCGGAGCUCCGCCGGGGGAGAGGACCCCUCGGUGAGUCUGUUCAGAGACUACCUCCGCCUCAGGACCGUUCACCCGCAGCCCGACUAUGAUGCAGCUCUUCGCUUCCUGGACAGAAUCGCAGAGGAGCUGGAGCUACCCAUGAAAAAGAUUGAGGUUUGUCCAGGCAGAGUUGUGUCGAUCAUGACAUGGGAAGGGACCAACCCGACUUUGAAGUCCAUCUUACUGAAUUCCCACACGGAUGUCGUGCCUGUUUUCCAGGAACAUUGGAAAUACGAUGCUUUCAGUGCUUUCAGAGAUGCAGAGGGCAACAUUUAUGCCCGGGGAUCACAGGACAUGAAAUGUGUAACUAUACAGUACAUCCAGGCCGUCAGAAGACUGAAGGCAGAGGGGCGGAAACCGAUGCGAACAGUCCACUUAAUGUUUGUUCCUGACGAAGAGGUUGGAGGCAACAAGGGAAUGGAAACAUUCGUAAAGCAUCCAGAGUUCAAAAAAUUAAACAUUGGCUUUGCCCUCGAUGAAGGUCUGGCUAAUCCUGGAGAGGCGUUCACUGUGUUUUAUGGAGAAAGGAACCCCUGGUGGAUCACAGUCCACUGCCCAGGUAGUCCAGGCCAUGGGUCCAGGUUUGUGGAGAACACUGCUGCUGAAAAGAUGCGCCAAGUCAUAAACUCAUUCCUGGACUUUAGAGAGAAGGAGAAACACAGGCUAAAUACCAGUGAAUGUUUCACGCUCGGUGAUGUCACCACGGUGAAUAUGACCAUGGUCAAGGGUGGCGUAGCCUACAACGUCAUCCCAGCUGAGAUGGACGUCAGCUUUGACCUGAGAAUACCACCCACAGUAAAUCUACAGGAGUUUGAAGGACAGAUCAAACAGUGGUGCAAGGAGGCAGGAGAAGAUGUCACUUACAAAUUUGCUCAGAAACAUAUGAACCAGAAUAUCACAUCCACAGAGGAGAAUGAUCCUUGGUGGAGCUCCUUCAGUGCAGCCUGCAAGACAUUGAAUAUGACUCUGGAAAAAGAGAUAUUUCCAGCUGCCACAGAUAGCCGUUUUAUCCGAGCGGUGGGUAUCCCUGCCAUCGGCUUUUCCCCAAUGAACCGGACUCCAAUCCUGUUGCACGAUCACAACGAGUAUCUGAAUGAGCAAGUCUUCCUGAAAGGCAUCAGCGUAUACGAGAGGCUCAUCCCAGCUCUUGCCAGCGUUCCUGCCUUUCCUGAUGAGGCCUAGACAAGCCCUCAUCUUCAAUCUUCUCUAAAACAUAUUUCACUGAUGAUCUGAAUAUUUUACUUGAAAUAUUUGCAGAGAUUACCAAAGAAUGAAUAUAUCACAAAGCAAAACUGAGCACUAAGCCUUUGGUUCUAUUAUUGUUUUUUUUAUUAUUAUUAUUAUUAUUAUUUAUGAUUCUCAGGAUAUAGGCACAGUAGGCUUAGCAUUAACACUAGAGCAUUUUUUAACCAUAUAAUUUGUCAGGAUUGUUGAUUGAGUGAGCUUGUGUGUAUUCAGUCUUAAAGACCUGUUGUGUGAACCAAAUUUUCUUUAAGAAAGGGUCAGCUGACUAAAAUGUGAAGAAGACCAUGAUAAAUAGACUCUUAUGAUCUAAGUUAACUGCCACUUUUUAAACCUUGCUUGAUUUUAAAAUUAUGAUUCUAGAGAUAGAAUUUUAUUUAAUAAAUUAGAGUUGAAUAAC